AUGGAAGACAGCGUGAGCGUGCGCUCGGGCACCACGCGCUACCUCGUGGACAUCCGCGCUGGCACGCAGACCAACAUGACCCACCCCGGGCGCCGAGUGCGCCGGGUGCGGCGCCUGGCCACAGGACCCGGCAGGAACGCGAUCUCGGCGCAUCCCUCGUUGGAGCGGAACUUCAGCGCCGUGGACCGGGGCCCGGUGAACGACUUCGAGCAGAAGGUGCUCGAGCGGAAGCUAGGGGAGGAGCACUUCAGGCAAGAGGAGGAUACGCAGACGGACCCGAGCAUCCAGAUGGAGUUGGACCGAGGCGAGGCCGCGCCGAGAUUGCGGGUGGACUUCUUCAAAGUGCCAGCGGAACAGGGCAAGGAGUCGCCUCUGCCGGCGGAGUGCACGUUGCUGCAGGCGCUGCUGUGGCCGGAGCCAGCCGCCAUGCGCCAGGUGGAGCAACGCCUGCGCUACACCGUGAGCACCUCACGCGCUGCCAGCUCGUUGGGCUGCCAGGUGGUGCCCCUCUACAUGCCGGAGCGGGAGCGGCGUAGCUCCAAGGACGCCAAAAUAACCGCGCCGCUGCAGCUCACCGAGGUGGUCCACCGGCUCAACAAGUACCUGGCAGCGAAGAACGCCCUGCCCAGGCUGACUGAAGCCGUGGCCACCCUGGUGAAGGAGCCCGACUCCCCCACGGGGAGGAUCAAGGAGGAGCGUUUCCGAUUGGUCUUGGAGGAGGUGGCGAGCCAAGUAUUGGAGGCGGAUGAAAUGCUGGCAGUCUUUCCAGAGAAAGCCGCAUUGCCCUGA